AUGGUUGGAAAGUGGCACAUGGGCGAAGAAGCUCAGAACCAGCCCACAGGCUUCGACUACUGGUCUGUCUUGCCCGGGCAAGGCGAGUACUGGGAUCCCGAGUUCAUCGAGUCCGACGGAAACCACAUCAACCUUGGCUAUGUCACCGAUAUCAUUACCGACAAGUCGCUCGACUUUAUCAAGUCGCGGGACAAGAGCCGCCCCUUCUUCCUCAUGUGUCACCACAAGGCGCCCCAUCGCUCGUGGGAAUGCGAUGACAAGCACAAGGACCUGUACAAGGACCCUGUCCGACUUCCGGAUACCUUCACCGACGACUAUAAGAAUCGCGCCCGAGCGGCCAAGAUCGCCAAGAUGCGCGUGGCUGAAGACCUGACCUAUCAAGACCUAGGACUCGUCCAGCCUGACGGCGGCAGACGAGUUGGCGAGCGCGUCCAGCAGGAGAAGGGAGCAAGUGAGCGAAAGAUCCCUGCGCCGACCGAGGAGGCCGAGUUGAAAGCUCUGAAACUCAUCGACAAGGAGGAUGGCACUGUCUUCACGUUCCAGACCCCGGGUGAGCUGGCCGAGUUCAAGUUCCAGCGCUACAUGCAGCGGUAUUUGCGGACGAUUCAGUCAAUCGACGACAGCGUCGGCCAGCUCCUAAAUUACCUCGACUCCGACGAGCCGGAGCUAGCAGCCAACACCAUCGUCAUCUACACCUCUGAUCAGGGAUUCUUCCUCGGAGAGCACGGAUGGUUUGACAAGCGUUUUAUGUACGAGGAAUCUUUCCAGAUGCCCUUCUUAAUCCGUUACCCGAACGAGAUCAAGGCAGGGUCUGUCUGCAACGACAUAAUCUGCAACGUCGAUUUCGCAACCACUUGGCUCGACUACGCGAAGCUCCAUGUGCCUUCUUAUAUGCAAGGCAAGUCUUUCCGGGCUUUGCUCCAGGGGAAGACGCCGGCGGAUUGGCCCCAGGCGGCGUACCAUAGAUAUUGGAUGCACAACGACAUCAUCCACAACGCAUAUGCCCACUACGGCAUCCGUGACCAGCGGUACAAGCUCAUCUACUGGUACAACGAGGCUCUCGGAAUCAAGGGCGCUCGGCCAGGUGACGAGGAGUUCAAGGAGUGGGAGCUGUUUGACUGUGAAAAGGACCCCUUGGAGCUAUUUAAUGUGUAUAACGAGGAGGAGUACAAGAGCGUGGUCAAGGAUAUGACGGCUUUGCUGGAGAAAAAGAUGGUAGACAUAGGAGAUGAGCCUGUACAUCCCAGGGCAACUGCUUGUAGCUUUGCCGCUUCGGCGAAGUCCAAGGGAAGUCCUAAGCAGCGAGCUAAGGCCUUGCUUAAGAAGAUGACAUGGGAGGAGAAGAUUGCCCAAAUGGGCGGUAUUAGACGGCUUCUAAAGUCGGGAUCGGUUUUUGACGAGGCCAAUUUUGAGAGCAGAUACCAGUACCAACAUGGAAACAUUGGUUUUGGGCCUAUGUUCAAUUGGGCCCUGGACGCUUUACCCAUCGUCAAUGAAAUCCGCGAGAAAGAAAUCAAUAACAGUCGCCUCAACAUUCCCUUUAUCACUAUUACGGACUCCGUCAAUGGUCUCUUCAUCUCUGGCGGCACCGUAUUUCCUAGCAACCUCGGCAUGUCCUCGACUUUCGACCUGCCUUUGUUCCAGGAGGUGACCGCCGCAAUCCGUGACGAGCAACUUUCCCUGGGCGUCAACUGGGUCCUAUCCCCUCCGCUUGAUAUCGGGUGGGAGCCCCGAUACGGACGAAUUGGCGAACUCUAUGGCGAGGAUGCCUAUCUCGUCGGAGAGUUUGGCCACAAGUACGUUGAGACAAUGCAGGAACCUGACGACAGCGGCAACAUCAAAGUUGCCUGCACCAUCAAGCACUUCGUUUACGGCGAGACGCGUGGCGGCGUCAACGCCGCUAGCCAGUAUUCCGGCAUCAACCACCUCUUCAACGACCAGCUGCGCCCUUACAUCCGCGCCCUCGAAGCCAAUCCUCUGGCUCUUAUGGUCUCUUACGCAACGGUCGACUUGGUGCCUAUGUCCAUGAACGAGUACAUGAUUCAGGACAUCCUGCGCGGGAAGCUCGGGUUUGAGGGUGUUGUCAUGUCUGACGCUGGGUCAAUUCCCAACAUGUACACCCAGUCGAAGGUGGCUACUUCAUAUGAAGAUGCUGCGUUGCAAGCACUUGAGGCCGGUCUUCAGAUGGAGUUGAGCCCGGGACUCCCCGCAACAUUCCCCAUGCUCAUCUCGAGUGUUGGCAACAAGAAGGUCGCCAACCUCAUCGACGAGGCUGCUCUCAACAUCCUCACACUUAAGAUCGCGACCGGUAUUUUUGAUAAUGCUCUUCCGGACGAAGACAAGGCAAAUAAGACCCUUCGGGCUUCAUCUCACCUCAAGCUCGCACGUACUGCAGCCAGGGAAAGCAUUGUCCUGCUGAAGAAUGACGGCAUCUUGCCCAAGGCACUCAAGAAGGUGGCGCUGUUGGGACCAUUUGGUGAUCUCCUCAACUUCGGUUCCUAUGCCGCCAUCAACGCCUCCAACCCCAGGUGGGGCGACUCCCUUCACACGAGCCUCAAAUCCGCUCUGGGCGCGGACAACGUCGAGUUUGUUGCCGGAGUUGACCUCCUCGACACCACUGACGACAGCGGCAUCCCCGGCGCCGUCGCUGCGGCCAAGGAUGCUGGCUUUGCCGUGCUUGUACUCGGCUCCCUCUCGGCUCCUAUGGAAGACCCCCUGUUCAAGAAGCGAACUGACGGCGAGUUCUUCGCCCAUGCUGACCUUGGGUUCCCUGGGCUACAGCAGCAGCUCCUCGAUGCCGUCCUCGAUGCGGGUAUCCCAACCGUUCUUAUCCUCACAGGUGGCCAGCCCUUUGUCCUCAACGAAUCGACGCUACGCUCCAACGCUAUCUUGCACUCACUCCUCGGCGGCGAAUACACGAACCACGCCCUUGUCGAGGUCAUCACUGGUGCAGUCAACCCCAGCGGCAAACUGACUGUCAGCAUGCCGCAGCUGUCAGCUGCCGUGCCAUCAUUCUACGACUACCUCCCCUCGGAUGAUUCCCCCGGCGGUGACUCUCGCUUGGGCUUCCACUCGGCGUGGCAGUGGCCGGUGCUGCAGCACGCCUCGCCCAUGCCGUUCGGCUUUGGUCUGAGCUACACCACGUUUGACAUAUCGACACCGACAGCCCAGUACAAGAACGGCAAGGUCAGCAUCAGGGUCACGGUUCAGAAUACAGGUGGUGUGGCUGGGAAAGAGGUCGUACAGGUGUACCACCGCCCCAACACAACUGUCGGCAUCGAGUUCCCAGUGCGGCGGCUCGUGCGAUUCGAAAAGGUCGCGCUCGAGGCUGGUGAGAGCAAAGACGUUACGUUCUCGAUCCCGUACAAGGACUUGGGAUAUUACAUCAAUACCAAGUUCAAGGUCCAGGACGGCCUUUACAAUUUCUGGACAGGUUCGAGCUCGAGGGUGGAGGACCUAAAGGCGGUUAAUGUAACUGUGACCCUGUAA